AUGACAAACAUGCAGCUGGUCGCAGACCUGCUCCUAAUUGCUCACGUGAAAGCAGCAUACGUCACAUUGCACACAGGAAGUGUGUCUGCAGUCAGUGACACAGUUUGACAUGCGACUGCAGCACGAGUUUGUCUCAGUGUACGUUCAGGAGUCCAGCGGUUAUCUUCAUCAUGAGUAUAGAAGCCUGGUACAUGGACAGCUCUGACGAAGACCAGAGAAAGCCGCAUAGGCUGACCCCAAAUCAGCCCGUUUCCAUGGAAGAAUUACGCCAGCUCGGGGUGUUUCACUGGAAGCUGAAUGCUGAUAUCUAUGAAACAGACCCAGAGCUGGAGCAGAUCCGUAAAGAGCAGGGCUACUCCUAUAUGGACAUUGUCGCUGUGGAGAAGGACACACUACCUCACUAUGAGGAAACGCUGAAGAUGUUCUUUAAGGAGCACCUGCACUUGGACGACGAGAUCCGCUACAUCCUGGACGGCCGGGCCUACUUUGAUGUCAGGGACAAGCAGGACCGGUGGAUCCGCAUCUCCAUGAGCAAGGGGGACCUGAUCACCCUGCCAGCCGGCAUCUACCACCGCUUCACCCUGGACGAGACCAACUACACUAAAGCCAUGAGGCUGUUUGUGGGGGAGCCUGUGUGGAAGGCGUACAACCGGCCCGCUGAUGACUUUGAAAUCCGCCAGAAGUAUUUGGCUUCUCUGCAGGAAUCCUGAGAGCGAGCUGCAACACACAACUCCAGUUACAAAGUUGAUUCCAUAUGACCACUGUUUAUACUCGAAUUAGGGCUUCUAAUGUGAUUAGGUUUACAGUGACAAUGUGAAGAAAUGUAUGAUUAAAGUUCUCCUGUAGCAGAGCAGUCAGAUUCUGCACCAAGUGAAUGAGACGAUGUAGCCUACAUGUAGACAAUCUCAGUGGUAAUGAAAAUGCUGUACCUUUCACUACAUUUGACAGCUAUACAGGAACUACUACAACAGGAAUAAUGCUAUAAUAAUAAUAAUAAUACUUCUAGAACAUUUUAAAGGAGUCUUUCUGCAUGAGUACUUUUGCUUUCCAUACCUGAAAAUAAUUCAUAGGUACAUUUGCUAAGUAAAAUUGUGAAUGCAGGACUUCUACUUAUAAUGAAGAAUCAUUGAAGUUUAGGGUCUGAAUACUUUGCCACAGGACAAUCUGUAGUGCCUUAUUCUCUUUAAUUUGUUGUGUUAGGUUCUAUCAGACUUGCCCUCAACAGCAUGUUCUAAAAAUGAAUCAUGCCACCAUUAAGUAGUUUUUUCUAAUUUCAUAUUCAAAUCUCUCUGAAUCAGAAGUGAGAUGUUACUCAACCAACCAGACUGACAGAUAUAUAUAUAUACAUAUAGUUUUUUGUUCAAUGAAAAAUAAAGCUGCUAUUUUAAA